AUGGCCACAUUGACCACGCCACCGCGGCGGAGGCACGCGGCGGCGGGGGAGUGGGCGAUGGUUUCCGCGGGCGCGGGCGCGUGGCGGGUGGAGGCGAUCGGGAAGCACCAGCGGAUGCGGCGGACGGGGCUGCCGGCGCGGGACCUCCGCGCGCUGUCGUACCCGUCCAGCCUCAUGGGCCGGGACCGCGCCGUCGUCGUCAGCCUGGAGCGCGUCCGCGCCGUCAUCACCGCGUCCGAGCCUUCCAUGCUGGAGAAAGAGGCAUACCCAGCGUUGGAUGCGCUCACCUCCAAAGUCAGAGAUGAACUAGAACACCUGCUAGAUGACGACACGGACAUGGUAGCCAUGCACCUGUCGGAGAAGGUCGCGUACCAAGCAGCCGGCCAGUCGUCGAGAUUCGACAUCGGCAAAGAACCGGCCGAGUCCUACCAAGAGGGGGAAGAUGGCGAGGCCGAACAAGAAGACGUCGACGGCGACGACGAAGGAUCCGGAGCCUUCACGCCCAAAGUCGACGAGCUGGAGAACUUGCUGGAGGCCUACUUCGUGCAGCUCGAUCGAUGCUGCGCCAUCGCCGUCACCGCGGUGCUCGGCAUCAACAUCCGCAUCGCGCUGUACAGGAUCCCCACCACCGCCGUCUUCUGGGAGGCCGCCGGCGGCAUGCUCGGAGGCGCGGCCGCGCUAUUCGCCGUCGCCAUGGUCUGCUACCGGAGGAACGGCAUACUGCGGUGA